AUGGGUCACAUGAGGAUCCACUCGGGAUCGCCGCUGCCCUGCCCUCGCUGCGGCAAGACCUUCACGCAGAAGAGGAGUCUGAACGCUCACCUGCGGAUCCACACCGGAGAGAGUCCCUACACCUGCCAACAGUGCAACAAGAGCUUCAUACAGAGAGGAACCCUCAGAGCUCACCUGCGGAUCCACAGCGGAGAGCGACCGUAUGCGUGUCAGGAGUGUGGGAUGAGCUUCACGCAGCCCGGGAACCUCAGGAGACACCAGAGUAUUCAUUCAGAAGAAGAGCUGCACUGCUGUGCUCAGUGCGGGAAGACUUUCAAUCAAGCAGCGAAGCUCAAAAACCACCUGCGCUCUCACUCCGGAGAACGGCCUUUCUGCUGCGCACACUGCCCUCGGAAGUUCUUUUUGGCGUCUCACCUAAAAAAGCACUUAAAAACCCACGCGGACGAGAAGCCUUACUCGUGCGCUUUUUGCGGGAAGAGUUUUUUAUGGCUGGACUACUUUAAAGAGCAUCAGAAAAUACACACGGGGGUGAAGGAUCACGUGUGUCCCGAGUGCGGCAAGGCUUUUAUUCGAGCCGGCGAUCUGGAGCGACACCACCGCAUCCACACUGGAGAGAAACCCUACAGGUGCUCACACUGUGAGCGGAGCUUCACGCAGCCGGGAACGCUGAAGAAACACGAGCGCCUGCACACCGGAGAGAAACCGUACCGCUGCGCUUCAUGUGAGACCGGAUUCAGCUCGGCCAAAAACCUGCAGACUCACAGAAACAAACUCUGUCCAAACCCCCGAGACAAGACUCGCGCAUCAAUCGAGUUUGUGUUGUUCCACAAAGAUAAUCAAAACCUAGUUGAAAAAAGUGCACUUCCAUAAUGUACUUAAAGUAAAUACAUUUUGUACUUAAUAUACUAAAAAUCAUUCUUUAGUACUUCUUAAGAUCAUCUAAGUGUGCUCAACUGUGCUAAUUUGGGACACCAUUAAUAUAUGAACUAAAAUGUGCUUGCUUUUAACACUUUCUCUGUAAAAAAUAAAUAAAUUUAAAAAGAGCAUUUAGUUACCACUUGAACCCAUCUUUCAUACACUUUUAAAUAUACUCAACAUGCAUAGAAAAUGCAUGUAUUACUAAUUUAAAAAGUAAUAAUAGCCUAUAUAAUGAAUAUAAAAAAAAGUGUUAAAAGCAAGCACAUUUUAGUUCAUAUUCAUCUUGUCCAAAAAAAAAAAUAGCACAGUUGAGUGCACUUAUGUUCUUAAGUUUAUCUUAAUUUUUAGUAUAUUAAGUACAACAUUAGUGCGUGAAAGGAGCACUUUAAGUACAUUAUGGAAGUGCACUGAAAUAAAGUGUAUUUUUCUGCACUUUUUUUUUCCAACUAGAUAUAGGGUUUAACUUAAGUAAUAUAUUUCUACUUUCAUUUUUCAACAGAACUUAGUGAUAGUAUAUAUACAUAUUAGACUUUUGGCACUUUCACAGACUGAAGCUUUGCGAUUUUCUUUUGUUUUGCUCUUACAUUGUAAGGAUGAUAGCAGACACUGUUCAAAAUAUUGGACUUGAUUACACCUGGAAUGAGUUCUCUCUCAUUUCCUUCACUUGUAAUUAUUAUUGCUUCCUCCUUUACUGAAGAAUUGAACUGAAAUGCAAUAUAUGUCAGAAAGCAUUUUUAAUCCAUAGCUGAUUUUAUAAUUCAGUAGCCUAUAUGACAGAAAAGUUUCUGUUAAUGCAGCUUGUCAUGUUAAUAUCUCAUGUUGGUAAACGAGCCUGCGAUGACAGCAAGGAAACAAGAAAUCAGUGACAUUUUCAAUCAGAUAUCUUGUAUGCACACAAUGUAAAAGAGAAAUUACUAAACAUCAUGUUGACAGCUCUUAUUUUGCGGUCAACGGUUUGUGUGUAAAGGUGUGAAACAACUAGUCCAUACAGUUAGGACAAAGAGACGUGCUCCUGUACACUGUAAAAGAUUAGGAAAGUCAAAAAGUGUUUUAUGUUGAUUGUUGCAUUGAAAAUUGUCAACUGAAGUGCCAACGUUAAAAGACAUUGUUCACAUAAUUUAACUGAGUAAACUGAAAAUGUUUAAUGCAGCAAGUCAACAUAUAAAAGUUUUGACCACCAAAAUCUUUGACAGGGUGCGAGAUCUUAUGUCUAUUCCAGCUGCAUUUUAUGUCGGUGAGGUCCUAAUGCCUCGAUAUACUUGGUGUGACGUCAUUUCAAACUCAAUUUGGCUCAGACAAACUUUGUUUUGGUGGAAACCUGUUUUCAAAAAAGCUCACCAAAGAAAACUUUCCAGAAAACACUAUUAAACUAACAUUGGUCCACGAUGAUUAAUUUUUACUAAAUUUUGUAUAAAUGUGUGGUUGCUGUUAUUAUGGGAUGUAGAAUAUAGACUGUUGUGGGGAAAAAAGUCAUUUGAACUUUAAGGUUUAAAAAAAAAAAAAGAAAAAGAAAAAGGUAGAAGAAAAACAAUAUGAAGGGUGUGAAUACUUUCGCAAAGCACGGUGUCGUCUCAUAAAAUUUAAAUGU